AUGGCCGCGCCGUCGGAGGCACCUGACAAACCAGAGGUCCUUCGGCUUCUGGAGAAAUGGCACAAACCGUCCUUGCACCAUGAUUCUGCAGAGUUGCGCACGCUGGAACGCGUGACUGAAUCAGGCAAGGAGUUUUGGAGGAGGCGGUUUGAGCGCAGCAUGGCUGAAGCAGAUGGGAGGCCGCUUCUGCUGUCGUAUGCUGGCGAUGGCACAAAACUCCGAACGGUGCAUGGUUCCAGCGUCCGGUACAAUGGCAAACGUGCCAGGCUACGUGGGCACCAGUUUCUCGAAUACUACGUGCAGCUGUGUUUCCUCGAAUUCGUCGACCCCUCAGGUCGCAAGAAUGUCACGGUCAUGUUUGAUGAGCCAAAUCCCAUGACAGACGGCCAAGGAGCUGCCGCAUCGGCUGCUUUCGCUUUGCGUAUGAUCAUGAACCCGAGGAAAUACGGCCAUGGAGGCCUCAUCAUAUUUCAUUGCGCAUUUGACCGCGCCUUAUUAGCAUCAGUUUCUCGCAUAUUGAAGCAAUGGUGGAAAAAGGAAGACGUCCAACAAACAGAUAUCUACGAGCAUCCGCCGGACAUUUUGUAUUUGAUGCAGUGGUUUGUCGAAACAGGGUGCAGCAUGCACGACACCCAUAAGUCAAUCGAGUGGUCUUUGUGGACGUGGUACCAUAACAAAUCUUUGAUGAAAAACGUGCACUUGGCCAUCGAAAGCCUUCGCGAUAGCAUGCAACAGUUGUGUGGGUUGACUCCCGAGUGGAUGUGGGACGUUACGGUCGCUCGCUCCGCCGAGGAACUCGACGACCCAGACGAUUUGAAACAUUUCUGGUUGGCGAUGGGCGUGGAGGAGAGUGUCGUGGCCACCCUGGUCAGCUUGCGCUUGCGGUACUUUGGGGGUCGACUCGAGAUCCUUGACACAGGCGAUGCGGGCGAGGACACCUUCACCAAUAUCAAUUUCUGCUUGUUCAGCGUCUGGCGCUUGAAAAAGUUCAAUGGCAGCAGGUGGCAUGCUGCAACCCGGGCUUGCCAGAUGGGCGUCGGAGCAAUAUUUGGCGGGCUGCGCGGACUCGCCAAGUACGUGCUGGACCGCCCCAACGCGCAGGACUUUUACUUGGGAGGCGUGGAGCGGCUCGGUUCGGACGAACUUCACUUCAUGGUGACGGCUGCUACGGCCAGUUUCCCAGCGGACGCAGUGAUGCAGAUGUUGUUCGGAGAUUCCCGGGUGGCCAAGCACCUGUGCGCUCUGAAGACAACUAUUCGUGAGGCGAUGGAUAAACUUUGCAACUAUGGCGAUGGUACAUGGGGUCUCUUCGGGAGAGUCUGCAACAUGGCUGGCCCUGAAGUGCGGCACUCGUCCAUUGGCGCGGCCCACGUCGCCAUCGGUUUCAUGAUGUUUCGCUUUGUCUGUAAAGCAGAAGGCGCCCCUUGGUGCAUGGUUCGUGGAGACGUUGAUGCCAAUUUGGACGCUCUCAAACGAGGCCCGGUACCGACCGAACCCAUCACGGAGCAGAUGUGGCAUCUGGAGAAAUUCCCUCGGGGGCGGCGUGUCAACAGACAGGGUGUCGCGCUGCUGGCCGACAUACCCUGGGACACGAUUGCGGCGGAGCAUUUGCACGCUUCGGGGGCGCUCCAGGGCAAAUUUCGUCCUGACACAACGUGCGAGGGCCUGAUGGCGAGGGCGUUCAUACACAUGAGUAAGAAGGUUCCCCCAGGCCUCGACGAGGACGAACGCCGCGAAGCCAUGCUACACAAUCGUUUGAAGCGCCUCGAGAAAAGGCGGCCGCAAAGUUACCAGGGGCGUGAGCAGUAUGUGAAGGAACUCGUUGAGUUGUCCAAGGUCCGGGAGGCAGACGGCCAACGCGGGUUGAAGUCCAAAGACGUCAUCAGGUUGCAUGGCAGGAGUUGGGAAAGCAUGGAUCCCGCGAGGAAGCGCGAUUACGAUGGGAAGGCAAGGUUGAUUCUCUCCCAGCAAGAGCAAGAAAUUGACGAGGCCCUAUGCGAGGGCUAUGACAACCUGCAGGCGUUCAACAGGGAACGAUUCAAAAAAGCUGCAGAGAAGCCGCCGCUCCGGUUCUUUUCCUGCAAACUGGCGCAGGGUGAUUUCUUGGAGUGGGAUGAGAUCUUCAACAGCGGCGCCUUCAGGGGUGGUCGCGGUCUGGAUGACAUGCGCAAGGCAGCCAGAGAGGCGCCGCCUAAGCUCACCAAGACGUUUCUCGAUGAGCUCGAGGGGUACGCAGCUGAGGAAGAGGGGAAGCACGACAGACCGCCCCGGUUCCCCGCGGUCGUUCGAAACAGGGAGUCGUUUGCGUCGACUAUUUGGGGGCUUCAGACCGGCGGCGAGUGCAAGUAUUACAAGUUUAUCUUCGCAGCGCAGCGUCCCCAGUUCAUCAUGUUCGCCCCGCUCGGCGAGAAGGACACGUACUUCCCCGCGCACGUCAGCAUGUUUGGCGGCAGCUGGGAAGAUGUUUGCGUUUCUCAGUGGCUUCAUAAUUUCACCUUCGGUGCUUUGGAUUUCGCUGCCUGGUUCGACCUUCCCCUACCAGACGACGCAGCCAGCAUUCGGGUGCUCCGGAAUGCGCAUUAUGCCGGCGGCUACGAUAUCGUGUGCGACGACGUGGGGGGGCCGCUCAGCGCGCUCUUUGUGUCGCUGCCGCGCGCCCCUGUCGCCGAGAACAGGAGCGGCGGGGCAUCGAGCACGCGCGCUUGGAAGGAUGAGUUCCUGAAGCGCUGGCCGUGGUUGGCGGGGAAGUUCGAGGAGGAGGAACGCGAGCGUCGGAGAGCUGCGGGCCGACGGUCAGGCUUGCGCAAGGGUGAGUCGGACGACGAGACACCCGAGGAGCAGCGCAUGAACGACGAGGACAUCGAGGAGAUGAUGGAGCAUCUCCACGCCGUCCGGGAGGAGUGGGAUUUGGGGCCAGAUGCGCCCCAGGAUUUCCUCCUCAAGGUACUGGGCGGACAAUGGUGCAUGGAGCAUUACGGCGUGCCCUUCGACGCUUUCAAGGGCGAGGCGCACGGGGAGAUGGCCAUCGACUUCGCCGAGAGGUACCUUCGGGGCGCCACCGCACGAUUUAAUAUAUCAUUUUACACAAUACCCGGCGCGCAUUUAUGCGCGGAGACAUGGCGCUGCAAAGCGCAGCAUUUUUUUGACCGGUGGCUCGCGUCGGGCGCCGGGGGCUAUGUUUUCACCGAACAAGAUGUCAUGGAGUACACUGAAACUCCGAAGUUUCUUCAGCUCGUCGAGGCGGCUACGGACCCGCGGGCGAAGAAGAGGCUUUUGUGGCUCUUGAACUUGCGCCCGUCUGCAUAG